AUGGUCAACACAGGGAAGCCGUCCGGUGCCUGUAUCAACUGUCGGGAGAGGAGGAUAAAAUGCGACGAGGCAAAGCCGGGCUGCGUCAAGUGCCUCAAGUCGGGGAGAACGUGCGCGGGAUACUCACAAGGCUUCAAAUUGCGCGACCAGACGCAAAAGACGAUUAUCAAGGCCAAGUUUGGCAAGGGAAGCAAAGGCAAGCGGCUGGCUGCACUCAAGGAAAAUGCGGCGACCAGCAAGAGCCCAAACUCAACCCUUUCACCCGAAGACUCCUGCGCGUCGAGCGCGCAGGAUACACACCAACGAAGGUCCUCGGUGCCCGUCCAGGACGAGGUGACAAGCGGCCAAAGGGCACCUGGCGGUCACAGGAGGAACCUGUCGGACCCUAUCACCAAGCCGAGGCGCGGGUCGACUUGGCCCAUCUCGGCGGCCGACAUUGAUGGAAAUACAUCCGGGGUAAUGGGUCUCGGCUUGCAAUCGAUACACACGCCGCUGGUCGACCGCGCGCGCUGUUACUUCCUCUCCAGCUAUGUCGUGUACUCUCCCGGCAAGUCGGACACGGGCAUGCUGACGUUCAUCCCGUCACUGCUCGCAUCAGAAGAAGGGUCGAGCCGAUAUUUCCAGGACAUGUUCAGCGCCGUCUCCAUCGCUGCGUUUUCCAUGCGCCCCAACUGUAGGGAGGCCGCAGCUUCGACGCAUCUGUACUACGGCACAGGCGUCCGCGGGCUGAGGGAGGCGCUCCAGGGCAAGGAGUCAGCCAAGUCUGACACCGUCUUGGCUACAACAAUCCUGCUGGGGGUAUAUGAGGGCCUCGCAUCUGGCGACGCCGACAAGAUCGCAUACACACAACACUUCAGGGCUGCGCUCGAACUCCUGCGCCUGAGGGGCCCUGAGCAGUUCUCUUCCAAACAUGGCACCGAGAUGUUUGACCUGGUGAUGGAGAGUCUGAUGCGCCAGUAUGACUUGUCUACCGUCAUAGGAGACGACGACAUCAUUCGUUGGUCCACACAAGCCUCUAGUAUUCCCCGCGCCAAUCGACCACACCUGACGUCGAUGAGGAUGUUGGACCUGCGGUCCAAACUGGCUAGCCUGCUUGCGUCGCCAAGGAGAGAUUCCGAGGCCACCCGCAAAGCCGUCAAGAUACUCAUGACGGCGCAAGAGUUCGAGAGGCGUGUAACCCAAUACUACGAGUCGGAAGACCUGAUGGCCAAGAAGAACCUGUGGCAUACCAAAAGCGAGUCGGCACACAUUGUGUAUCCAGACUGGUGGACAGCGACCCGUUGGCUGAACAAGUACGCAUUCCGUCUGCUCAUCUGCCACAUCAUUGCAGAUGUUUCAAACUGGCUGGCCGAAUCUGCGGAUCCGUGGCCUCAAACAUUGGGGACAACAGCGUCUCACACCGCGAAGGAGGACAUCCACAAUAUCAUCGCUAGCAUACCGUACUUGUGCUCCUGGAAAGGAAUAGGAGAGGAUCCUCCGAAGGGGGCCAAGUCACCGUGUGGAAGUGACGAUGCCGCCUCGGUCGAAGGGAUCACCAACCUGAUGGUAAUCUGGCCCCUGGUCCUGGCGGCGGAGAGCCAGUUUGUCACCCCGGAGCAGAAGGAAUACGUGCAGGGCAGGCUUGGGUGGAUCGCAACCAGCCAGUCUCGAUUGUAA